UUUAAUAGAGCAAAUAAUCACACAAAAGUAGAGCUAAAGGAAGAAGCCCUUUGACAUAUUAGAAUAAUAGGUUAUGUUCAACCAGAUUUGAAUUUCUCGGUUUAUUUUCCUGAUAAAUAAUUUAAUACUUGUAGCAAUAAUUCUGUUGGAGCCAUGGCAGAUGAUUAUGAAAAUAUACCAUCUAUAACAGUGAAAGAACCUCUGGAUUUAGUCAGACUGAGUUUGGAUGAAAGAAUUUAUGUUAAAAUGAGGAACGACCGAGAACUAAGGGGAAGGCUUCAUGCCUACGAUCAGCAUAUGAACAUGAUACUCAGUGAUGCCGAAGAAACUAUAACUACUGUUGAAAUUGAUGAGGAAACGUAUGAAGAAGUAUAUCGUACAACUAAACGAAACAUUCCUAUGAUGUUUGUUCGCGGUGAUGGAGUUAUCUUGGUUUCACCACCAAUGAGAACUUCAUAAUUUUUAAGUAUAUUAUUGUAACUCGUAGGUGUAUCGAUAUUCUUGGUCAUAAGUGAAUAAAAUUGAUUUUUCA